AAGUCAGUAGAAGAGUCAGACGUAUGCUUCUUUUCGCUUCUUUUCUUGUUGUUUGUGUGUAUUGAUGGAAGAGCAAGCAGAGGUUGGGUGAUUUCUAGUGAAGGUUAUCUACAUAUUCCAAUAAGUUUUUCAUCAUGUAAACUCUCGUGAAGCGUCCUUGAGCAGCGCGUGUUAACCAUUACAUUACGUGGCGUGAUGUUCUUUUGUUCCAGUCUUGUAAUUGCUGUGGUAGUGGAAUGUUGUGUUGCUCAGCUGGAGAGUGUCGCGAUAAGUAGCUUGUGUUUCGUGCCACAGAAAUGACAACAGAAGAAAAAUUCCGUGCUGCAGUGAAUGUUAUAAGAAAUUUACCCAAAAAUGGUUCCUACCAGCCGUCUCAUGAGCUGAUGCUUAGAUUUUAUGCAUAUUUCAAGCAGGCAACAGAGGGACCAUGUGUUACACCUCGACCAGCAUUCUGGGAAGUGGUGAAAAAAAUGAAGUGGGAAGCGUGGAACAAGCUGGGCAACAUGUCACGAGAAGAAGCAAUGAACAACUAUGUAGAGGAGCUCAAGAAGAUUGUGGAGACUAUGUCAUAUACAGACAAUGUUGCAAACUUUCUUGGCAGCCUUGGUUCAUUCUAUGAUGCUGUUCCUGUAGAAGACUUGGAGUUAUUGGUAGGAAACGUGCUUGAACGGGUACGUUCACAACCUGGAUCUCCUCUCAGUGGCUCACCUCUGGCAUCACGUGAGGCUUCACCACACAGGGUGUCUACGACAUCUGCUGCAAAUGGCCGCAUCACAUCAAGUCUGGAGACUAGUCCGGCCAGCAGCUACUCAGCCUCACCGUUGCCGCCUGACCCAAAUGAUGAUGAGGAGGAAGAAGAGUUCAUUGAUACUGUGGAGGCUGUGCCAGAGCGUAUAGUAAAAGAGAGCUCCACUGUUGGAAGACCAUUAUCAGGAUCAAAGAAACUGAACCACUGCAAUCAUGGUGUUGCCAUGAUUCAAAAGAAUGACUCAACAGGAAUUGUCUCUAAUGGCCAUAUUAAUGGUUCAGCCAUUAUUAAUCAUGUGAGUGAUCUUCACAGCCAUAUUACAGAAAGUGAGGUGGCUGUAACAGUGAACGGUCUUGGGGAAGGAGUUGGAGGAAAGGAGACAGUUAACAGCAGAGGGCGUUCCAGAGAGCGACACAGCCCCAGAAUACAAAGAGCUUUUCCUCUAUCUACAUGGAUAAGCCAAGCUGAACUACCAAACUCCCCGGAUGUGGUGUGGCCGAAAUCUGCCAUGAUAAGCCCACCUGAAACGAAUGAGUCACUGCCAGUUAACGACAUCUCAGAUCAGAUUCGUGAGGCUGUGCUUCAUCUGCAGAGAGACCUAGAUAGGGUGAAUGCAAGGGUGAGAAGCCUGGAGGUUUCUGCUCUUUCCGGAUCCUUACAUAAUUCACUGGUGCAGCCAAAUGAAGGACGUCCAUCAUGGUGGCUAUUCCCAGAUCUCUCACCUAGAACAUUCAUGUUUGUGAUCCUUUGGCCACUGUUUGUUCAUGCAGUCAUCUUGUGGUUGAGGAAGAGACGUAGUGCACGCACUCAGCUCCUAUGAUUCCCUGUCACAGGUUCAGCUGCAACUUCCUAUGAUUGGUAGCAGUGCUGGUGCAAUGGUAAUCACCAACCAGGUCUUGUUCAAGAUUUGUUCAGGACUCAAAGGGUGAUAUGUUAACACUGUUACUUUAUUAUAUGUACCUUUCAGCCCUCAUAAUUGGGUGAUAGUCAUUCAAGAUUCCAAGGAUAUAUCAUAAAUGGAAGAAGGGUCUAUGUUCAUAGUAUAUGGCAGUGGUGCAAAAUGUCAUAUUCAUAUAUUCCUUGGAUUGUGUCCUAUGUAGCAUCACAGGUAUGGGGUGGAUGAACCUAGAAAAUUUGUUAACACAAAAACUAGUUUUCUCCACAUUUCAUAUGUGUAACAGGCAACACAUGAAACAUAUACUGUAUCAUAGCUUUAGAGGUUUUUAGUGUUUUUUUUUCAGCACACUGACUUAGGUGGACUGUGGUUUGCUGUCCUGUUACUUGGACUAAAUUGUCAAUGUGAGUCUAGGCAUGUGAAAUGUUGGAAUCUAAGACAUCUUUACAAGUAGAGAGAAUAAGGUCCCUUAUUCUGUAAUUUUCUACAUCUGGUUCAUAUUGCAAUUUAAAAUAUUUGGUGCAGUGAUUUGUUUUAUUCUCUGCUUAAUAUUUAAUGCAUGAAAUUAUCUAGUCCAUUUUGCAUGAGGUUGAUGUUCCCAGCACAAGUAGAGAUUUUAAGUUAACAUUUUGCUUAACUUUCUUUCCAUUUCUUAUAUAUGUCCUACUUAAGGCAUUCUUUUCAAAUGUGGCUGUAGUCCAAAGCAGGUGUGUUCAUUUUCAUGAAUACCUUGAAGAUGUUCUAGAUGCAGCCUGAUCUACACAAACCACAGGUAUUAUACUUAACAGUGCCUGGGUCAGUCAGAUUCGGGUAGAUCACCUUCACUUAGCUUGUGCUCAGUACAGUUCAAAUUUGGAACACCUAGCUAUAUUGAACUGUGAUGGUUAUACUUUAUAAUAGGGUUAUUUUAUGUCCACUAAGUCAGAAAUAAUUUUGGAUAACAAAUUUAACUACUCAAAGGUUACUUUCAUUUUUGUUACCAGUACCACUGAACAGAUUCAGUACACACUUGUGUAGUCUUGUAAAGUUUCAACACUUUAUUUGGUGUGUGGUGCAUGUAACAUAAGUGGAAAGGCAAAAAUAGAUUCUAAACCAUGGUGUUAUAUUACCAAGAGUAAGAGAAAUGUAUAAUUGAUUUCUGAUAGGAUAAGUGGCUGGUAGAAGGAACCUGAACUCUGGUAUUAUCCACAUUUUAAUUAAGUCUCCCUUGAUUGUAAUUUUCAGUUCUUGUUUAAUUUUUGUUGUGUCGUCUGGUGACAGUGUUGGAUGAGUUUUGUAAAUUGGUACACAUGUUUAAGUAUACAUUCCCUAUGUUAAUGUUAAGAUAGCCAGAAACAACAUAUUAAACCGUCAACUUCCCAUCUACUAUUAAGCUGCUUUGUGAUAGCAUAACAACAUAGUUCCGGGUUUUCUAUAUGACAGGCACCAAAUUAACACAAAAGUUGCACUGCUGUGAACUUUAUCAUCAGUUGCCUUAACACUGGAUGGAAAAUGGCUUCAAAAAUGUUGAUUAAAGGUGUGGUUGUGUUGUAAUGUUGAUUUGCACAUUGUGAAGUACUGCCUUCACGUGUCACACCUUGGUUACUUAUUGAGCUUCUCUGGAUGCAUUCUCUGUCCUGGCACAUUUCUGUGGUCUCAUUCAUUUUCAAGUCAUAUUCGGAUUAGAAUAUCCAAACUGUAUAAAGGGUUUCAGCUGUUUCACUCUCUCAGUAUAUGUAAACCAGGCAAUUUUAUCAUGACAUGUUUAUUUUGUUCAUAAGGUAAAGACUGCAAGAGUGGUAACUGUUAGAAUUAAAUCCAGACUUCUUGAAUAUACUAGGC